UGUCAAACAUGGCGUCGUCCGCUACAGAUUUCGUUAUCGUUUGGGAAUGGAUGAAUGAAUACGGACGAUGGAAGCCUUACAUGCCACAUGUUACACAGCAUAUUGAAUCUAACAAGUCACAGGCUACCACACUGAAUCUAGGUGCCAUCGAUGGAAUGCUCAAUAUGUAUUCUAUUGAUUUUAUUGCCAUGUGCCAAAUUCGCCUCGGCACUGGAACGCCUCGUCCUGUACGUCGGAUGUUGUACCCACCUGACUCACCAUGGGGAAGAGGUACUCUGUGGCAGUGGGAAGGCGAUACGGCUGGUGAAUGGCACACUUAUGAUGCAGAUGUUGCUAGGGUGAUAGAUGACUUUUUCCUACAGAAAGGACGGUCAAAUAUACUGGACCUUACCAAUUCUUCCUUGAAUCUACCUUACCAGGUAAAUUUUAGCCAAAUGACACAACAAAGAAUCGGAACAGGAAGGCAGAGGAAUAUACGACGUGAAAAACUAACAAUACCAUAUCCACGAAUAUCUCAAGGAUCUACUGGUCAGAUGAUAAGUGGUCAUCAUCACGGAAUGACAAAUAACAUCAUGGGACCAAGUACUGCUGUGAAUCUUGUUGGGGGGUCCAGUUCAAAUUCAGUGAAACACCCAAGACUUGCUUCAGGAUAUCCACAUGCUAAUGCAAGUCCUGCAUCACACCUCAAUAUGCCUACCUCUGUUGGUGCUACAAACUUAUCACAAGGUUAUAAUAUUCAUGGAACUACUGGAAUGUCACCGAGUUUACCCACCACUACUGUUUCAAUAUCUUUACCUGGAAGUCAUGUCUCCACAGCAGUACCAUCUUCCAUUCAUUUUUCUGGACCGCUGACAAGGAAAAGGCUACAUUCCAGUAUGGUCAACAAUAACGCUUCCAACAUGCCAAUCUCAUCCAUGCAUCCAUCACACUCAGUUGGACAGAAUGUCAAUCAAUCUUUGGUUCCUGGAAGUGGUGGAAACUCCUCGGCUCACAUCAUCUCAUCACUUGGACCACCAGGACCACUAUCUCUACCUCCAAUACCACCCACGUCUUUCUCCAGUCCAAACAUUUGGAUGCCCAAUGUGAUAAACCUCCACCCACAGGGAUAUCAAGCCAUGUACCCUGGGAUGGCUGUUCCAUCGUCCAGUCAGACAACACCAACCUACUCUGGAGCAUUGCCAAUCCCAGGCAACUUAUUCAACAAGUCUCGAAGUGGAAGUCGUAUCAGUCCUGUUGUAUCAAGUGCCACAAGUAUCCUAGCGUCACCAGCAGUUCCACUUCUGUUAUCGUCCAAUGGGAGCUCAGGUGUAGCUACAUCCUCUGAUCCUCCCUCAGAGGGACGGAUACCGAACAAUGUUCCUAAAGCUUCCAAAAAACAGAAUUCUACAGACAAGUCUGGUUUGGAAGUGUUGGAGAAGUAUGCUACAGUGAUGGAAACGUCCCCAGAGGAAGAGGAUUGCUGUAUUUGCUGUGAAAAGCUGACACAUCCAUCGGGAUAUGGGGAGGGACAAAAGGAGGCUACCAUUGUUUUCAAGCUCAGCAAAUGUACCCAUAUGUUCCACAAGCUCUGCAUCAGUGCAAUGUAUGAGAGUGGAGCCAAGAAUGGUUGUGUGCAGUGUCCUACUUGUAAGACGAUAUAUGGUGAGAAACAUGGAAAUUGUCCCCGAGGUGUGAUGGAGUUCCAUCGCCUUCCCCAGCCCCUCCCAAGUUACACGGACUGUAACACAAUAAGGAUCCUCUACCACAUUCCCCCAGGGGUGCAGGGACCGGACAACCCCCACCCAGGGAAACGGUACUCCACUCGAGGAUUCCCCAGAGUUGGUUUCCUUCCUGACAAUGAAAAGGGGCGCAAGGUUCUUAAACUUUUGAUUGUGGCAUGGAAAAGAAGACUGACAUUUACAAUUGGCACAUCUACCACGACAGGAGAAAGUGAUACUGUUACAUGGAACGAGAUCCAUCAUAAAACUGAAUUUGGAACAAACUAUUCCGGACAUGGAUACCCUGAUCCAAACUAUCUAGAAAAUGUUCUAAUGGAACUAGCUGUUCAUGGAGUGACAGAAAGUGAUUUGUGAUUGAUUUCCUGGAGAAAUAGAGCGAAAGAAAAUGAUUUGAAAGAGAGAAACAGUGUGAAAAAAAGGAGAACGAAAUAUUCAGAGCGGACAUUUGAUAAUAAUGGCAUUUUGUAAAUAAUGAGGAGUAAAAUGGUCUCGAAACAUUUUGUAAGGCAAUAAAUAUACCAGAAAUGUAAAGAAAUUUAAACGACUGGACAUUUUGUGGACUGCAGAUAUUUUGGAUCCAAUUUGGAAAAAUGUAUGGUGAAGUUUAUGUGGACUGGACGGGCAAAAAAUCAGUUUCAGCAAAAGCUUUUUUAUCAAAAAGGUCAUUCAAUACUGGUUUAAAAUGAUAAAUGUCCUAAAAAAUUUGAAUUGUUAAGAUCUCAAUGUGUUUUUCUUUUCCUUUUGAAAAUAUAAACAUUUUUGGAAAGAUAUAUAUUGGUAUUUUAAAAUGAAUGCAUGCGUUUUGAAUGUACUUGAGCAUGGUCUCAAUUUGUUUAUCCAUUUGCUGUUCAUUGGAAAUAAUUUAUGUACCAGUAUGAUACCUAAAACUAUACUUUUUAAUCAUCUGAGUAUCAAGACAGUUUACUGGUACGUGUAGUUAAUAUAUUACCUAUAGAUGUAAUCAAUACAUUACAGGUAAUUAUUACUUAUACAUAAUUAAUAUAUUACAUGUAAUUGAUAUAUCUGGUGCUCUCAUUUAGUUGUUUUAAACUGCAAUAAAAUGUUUACUUUCAAUUUAGAUAUAAACUUGGGGCUAUUUCAGUAAAAUAUCUACCCAAUAGGAAGAUUCCAUGUUUGUCAUAAUCAAAUCGACUGCAUUUUCUUCAGCACCUAGGGGCUGUGAUAGACAGUUACAUUAAGUAAAAUGAAGAUCUGAGGUGCAUUAUUUGAUGCUCCCUACCCUUAUCAAUUACCCGUGUCGAUUAGUUCUUCUCUGGAAACUGACAAACCAUGUACACACUACUUAUUGAAAGUGUAGUAUGAUGUUAUUGGGAUUGUUUUUCAGCAUCAAAGGUCAAGGUCACUGUUACUAUUAAUAUAAAAUCAGUUUCCAAGCAAUAACUUGAGUUUCAUUGGGCAGAUGUUACUCAAACUUCAUAAACUGCUUCCUUAUUGAAAGAGCUUGCUCAGAAUAGCUUUUCAGCAUCAAAAUUCAAAGGUUAAGGUCACUGUUAUUAAGCAUGAAUAAACAAAACACCUUCCAUGGAAAAUCUAGUUUGCUUUGGCCAAUCUAACUCAAUCUUCUUUCAGCACUUCCACUCUUAAUGUGUUUGCUUAGAAUUGAUUAACAGUUUGGAAGGUCAAAGGUCAAAGUCAGUGUUACUAUUAAUAGAAAAUCAGUUUUCUUGCAAUAACAGUUUUCUUUUGGCCGAUUGAACUCCAACUUCUUACAGUGCUUCCUUAUUGAAAGUGCUUGCUUGGGAUUGCAUUUCUGUGUCAAAGAUCAAAGGUGAAGAUCAAAAUCACUGUUGCUAAAUAUAGAAAACCAGUUUCUAUGCAAUAAUUUGAGUUUGAUUUUGCUAAUCAAACUGAUACUUCAUACAAUAGUUCUUUCUUGAAAUGCUUACUUGUAAUUGCUUUGAAGGUUAAAAGUCAAGGUCACAUUUACUUUAGAUGGAAAUCAAGUGUUAACAGGCAUUAGCUCCAUAGUGUACUAUCAAAUUCAAUUAGUUAUUAUGUGUUUUGUUGGCUUUUAUGGCAGAUUGUACUUAAGGUUUGCCAGUAAUCUGUCAGUCUGACCAGCCAUCCAGACUUUCAACUUAUGUUUUUCUUGCUUUUUUAUUGAAAAUUUACAUGGUGUUACACUGUGAUAUGCAGAUGUGCAAUAGGGGUUUAAAAAACCUAAGGUCAAGGUUACUAAAAUUACAAUGCUAGUAUUGUUACACUGUGAUAUGCAGAUGUGCAAUAGGGGUUUAAAGAACCUAAGGUCAAGGUUACUAAAAUUACAAUGCUAUUUAUGAUGUAAAAAAGUAUCAUCUAAGGCUCUGUACAGAAGUUCAAUCAUUCUAAAUUUUACAUGAUAAUACAAUGUGAAGUGCUGAUGCACAUUAUGGGUUUAAAAACUUCCUUAAGGUCAAGAUCAAGGUGUCUGUUACGAAAAAUAUAACUAGGAAUAUACUUUAAAGUACAUCUUAUAAUGCUAUUACCGAAGGCACAUGUUCUGAAAUUCACAUGCAUGAUGAUACUCUGUGAAAUACAGAUCUGCUAUACGAAUAGAAAAAGUUACUAAUGUUAAGGUCAAGGUCAUAGUGUAUAUUUGCAGCGUAUAAGUAGUAAUUCUGUGUUCAGGUAUAGGCACAGACACAUUGCGGGGCCCAAAACGGUGUGGCAGUAAUCAAGUUAUUUUGUCAUGAAUUUUGUGAAAACUGCACUAAAAAUUGUUGGAAAGCAAAACUACAACAGAAAGUCAACAGGACAGAUUUCAGUUAAAUUUUGAUUUAAUAUCUAUCAUUUGAUUUGCUACCUCUCUUUGUACACAUUUACAGUUCUUUUGCUAUGUGCUGUCUGAACUGAACUUCAGGCCUAACACAUAGUAAAAGCCAUGUGAUGAGUUUAAAGAGAUCAGUUAAAACAUGUCUGCUUUUCAAUUGUUUUGUGUGCUGGCUCACUUGAUGUAGUCUUUACCAUGGUAACAGUACACUGGCUGGCCGGCUCACCUGAUGUAGUCUUUACCAUGGUAACAGUACACUGGCUGGCCGGCUCACCUGAUGUAGUCUUUACCAUGGUAACAGUACACUGGCUGGCCGGCUCACCUGAUGUAGUCUUUACCAUGGUAACAGUACACUGGCUGGCCGGCUCACUUGAUGUAGUCUUUACCAUGGUAACAGUACACUGGCUGGCCGGCUCACUUGAUGUAGUCUUUACCAUGGUAACAGUACACUGGCUGAAAUAUUACAGUAUAUAUAUAGUUUUGUGGUUUAGCAGAUUAAUUACAUCCCCAUUAAAGGUUAGAUCACAAUUAGUUCUACUGUUGUAACGUGUCAUACUUGCGUUACUAACAUCUAAUCCGACCAUAUAUUGGACAGAAGAGAUGUCAGUAUAGUAGGUAACAUCUAAUCCGACCAUAUAUUGGACAGAAGAGAUGUCAGUAUAGUAGGUAACAUCUAAUCCGACCAUAUAUUGGACAGAAGAGAUGUCGGUCAUUAGGUAACAUCUAAUCUGACCAUAUAUUGGACAGAAGAGAUGUCGGUCAGUAGGUAACAUCUAAUCUGACCAUAUAUUGGACAGAAGAGAUGUCCGGUUAGUAGGUAACAUCUAAUCCGACCAUAUAUUGGACAGAAGAGAUGUCAGGUUAGUAGGUAACAUCUAAUCCGACCAUAUAUUGGACAGAAGAGAUGUCAGGUCAGUAGGUAACAUCUAAUCCGACCAUAUAUUGGACAGGAAGAGAUGUCAGUAUAGUAGGUAACAUCUAAUCUGACCAUAUAUUGGACAGAAGAGAUGUCGGUCAGUAGGUAACAUCUAAUCCGACCAUAUAUUGGACAGAAGAGAUGUCGGUAUAGUAGGUAACAUCUAAUCCGACCAUAUAUUGGACAGAAGAAUUGUCGGUUAGUAGGUAACAUCUAAUCCGACCAUAUAUUGGACAGAAUAGAUGUCAGUAUUGUAGGUAACAUCUAAUCCGACCAUAUAUUGGACAGAAUAGAUGACAGUAUUGUAGGUAACAUCUAAUCCGACCAUAUAUUGGACAGAAGAGAUGUCGGUCAGUAGGUAACAUCUAAUCCGACCAUAUAUUGGACAGAAGAGAUGUCGGUCAGUAGGUGACAUCUAAUCCGACCAUAUAUUGUACAGAAGAGAUGUCGGUUAGUAGGUAACAUCUAAUCCGACCAUAUAUUGUACAGAAGAGAUGUCGUUAGUAGGUAACAUCUAAUCCGACCAUAUAUUGUACAGAAGAGAUGUCGGUCAGUAGGUAACAUCUAAUCCGACCAUAUAUUGGACAGAAGAGAUGUCGGUUAGUAGGUAACAUCUAAUCCGACCAUAUAUUGUACAGAAGAGAUGUCGGUCAGUAGGUAACAUCUAAUCCGACCAUAUAUUGGACAGAAGAGAUGUCGGUUAGUAGGUAACAUCUAAUUCGACCAUAUAUUGGACAGAAGAGAUGUCGGUAUAGUAUUUUUGGGUUCUUUUUAGGAAUUUAAAUUUUUUUUUAUUCAACAAUAUGUCUGAAUACUCAGAAGUCCAACGUUUUUCAUUGUACAUUUGUGUUUAGCUAUUGUAGAAUUUAUAGACAAACUUUGCAAUUAUAUAUUAAAUCCAUUUAUGUUAUGCCAUUUGGUGUACAUAUAAUAUACCAAGUCUACACAAUCAUUUUUUUAUUAUAUUGAUGAAUUUAUUAAAAAAAAGUCACUGCAAAUUA